AUGACACUAUCACGUGGGAAGCUGGAAGAAGCUCUCAUCCAAGGGACGUAUCAGGUUUUCACUUCUGACCCUGACGCAACCACUGUGAACAAGGUUCGAAAGCACGUGGAAGACGCGCAAAAUCUCCAAGCCGGAUUCUUCGCAAGCGAUGAAUGGAAACAGAGAAGCAAAAUCUUGAUCAAGGAAUAUGUCGACAAGUUUCUAGAUGGCUGGGUACCUGGGGAAACUGAAGCGAAUGAUGGAACCAAGCGCCAAGCUCCUGAAGAUAUUUCCCCUUCCCCGAAAAGGCGGAAGCAAGGCGCAAAGACUGGCUCGGACAGCAUGAAAGGAAAAACAACCGGGAAUCCGUCUCCGGUUAAAGCUGCUGCCUCACCUUCUCCUAUUAAACAGGCUAAAGUAAAGGAGAAACCUGGCGCUGUAGAGAAAAAGCCUUCACCGACCAAGGAAGUCGAGGGUUCUGGAGACGAGGCUUUGUCUUCCAUCAAAGUUGACACAUCAAAGCCCCUCGUCAGUGAGGAAGAGGAGUUCUCGGAUGUUAUCGACGAGCCUCCCAAGGCGGCGCGGAAGAAGAAGGAUGCAAAACAAAAGUCGUCAAAACCAGCUAAGCCUGCUGCCAAAUCAAAACAGAAAGCCAUGACAUCAAUUUCUGACGACGCAAAGGAAGUCGAGAUAAAAAAGCUACAAUCUCAGUUGGUGAAAUGUGGGAUUAGGAAACUUUGGCAUAACGAACUUAAGCAGUACGGAGAUGACGCCCGCGCUAAAAUUCGCCAUCUCAAGAAGAUUCUGGCUGACAUUGGCAUGGACGGUCGCUUUUCGGAAGCCAAGGCACGCGAAAUCAAAGAGAUGAGAGAGUUAAUAGCAGACGCCGAGUCUGCGCAGGAGAUGAAUCGCCUGUGGGGCGUGGACUCGGGCGCCAGAGCAAGUCGAAGCAAACAAAAAUCAACGAAGUCAGACGAAAGCAACGGGAGCGAGGUAGAGGCUGAAACAGACGAUGCCAGCAAAGCAAAUGACGACCAUGACGACCAGGACAGUGAUGAUGGAAACACUUCUUUUGCGGCUAGGAGACGACGUGCUCAGGCUGAUCUGGCAUUUCUAGGAGAUGAUAGCGAAUCCGAAUAG